GAUUGCAGGUGACGAUAACCACACUUUUCAGUCCAUUUUGUAGGGUUAUGAGAGCAGCGUUUAACUAUCUUUAACUUUAGAGUCAGUGCAACCCCUUGCAAUGUCUACAAGAUGGUAUCCGUUGUACCAACAGGGUGGGCCGCAGUUGCGGGUGUUUUUGCCAAACUUUUGGAUGAAACUUGUCAGACCGACAGGCGAGCAUCCCCCCAAUUUGGUACAGUUUUCCUGCUCAAUGCAAAUGACCAAGUUUGAUAUCAAAAGCUACUUAGAGAAAAUCUACAACGUAAAAACAGUCGAUGUUCGGACACGAAUCGCUCUGGGAAAAACGAGAAAAGAUCCAGGAAAGGGCUAUGUAGUCAAGGAUGAUGAUAUUAAAUAUGCGUAUGUUACAUUGGAAAAAGGAGAAUCGUUUGAGUUUCCUGACCUAUUUCCUGGUGCCGAAGAGAAGAUGGAUGAAUACGAGAAGUCAUUGCGCGCCUCAAAGGAAGGUUUCACCAAAUACGUCGAGAAAAACAAGCAAAGGCCUGGAAUGCCAGGUUGGUUUUCCAUCUAGAUUGUUUUGUUGUAGCUUAGAUUGUAUAUAUAAGAGUAAACAGUG